CAUACCUUAUGUCAACGUCCAUUCUUAUUCUCAAACAUGCUUAUCAAAUUCGUGCACUCCCUACUAUUAAUAUCUACUACUUAAGCGCCUCCAAUGCUAUAAACACAAUUCUACAUUGGCUCUUUACUCUUUUCACAGAAGCUUGUUCCUAAUGGCCGACUCCGAACACUCUUCUUCCAAUGAAACUUUUACAGACACUCAAGAGGAAACAAGUGAAGCGACCAAGCUCGAAUUCUCUGAAGAUGAGGAGACACUUAUCAUAAGGAUGUUCAAUCUUGUAGGAGAGAGGUGGGCUCUAAUAGCUGGGAGGAUCCCAGGAAGAACAGCCGAGGAAAUUGAGAAGUACUGGACUACUAGAUACUCAACAAGUGAAUGAAUGUAGAAGAACUCAUGUUGGUGUUUAAUUCCUUUCUACCAAAACCUUAUUUGAGAAAAAAGAACUCUAUGGAUUCAUCAAUAUCCCUCAAUAUUGCUCUCUAACGUACCAUCUUCGAGGACAUAACGAUUGACGUUUUGGAUUUUACUGUUUAUGUUCUUGCUAUUAGGAUUCAACGUCAGUAUGAUUAUUCCUUGAGUUCCUAUGUACAAAAUAUCCCUGUGCUCAAGUUAGCUAGUCUUGAAUGAUGCAUUGUACGAAAACAUUGUGCCAUGGAAAUGGCUUCUCAUCAGAGUUGGAUUUUGUGUUUCCUUCAGCUAUCUUAUCAAUAAAAGCAAAAUUAGAUCCUUUGAAGUUUGA